AUGCCCAAUACAAUUUAAUCUUUGGAAGUCUUUAAGAAUUUAAGUGUAAAUAGCAUGAUCAAAUAAUAUGAUUAUGCAUUAUAGAAUAUUAAUGAAUUGCAAAUUUAAAUUGAAUAAUUGGAAAAAAGUGCUAUAGAAAUAAUUGUUGAAAAAGAUUAAAUUAUAGAGCAAUUAGAAUUAUAGUUGUAACAUUCUUCUAGAAGGCCAAGCUUAAAUAAUUAAGAAGAAAUUGCCUAAUACAAGAUGUAGCUAAUUAUAGUUAAAUUUUAGCCAUAUUCAAGAAUUAUAGACAAGAUUAGAGCAUUUGUAAACUAAGCAUUAUGAAUAAUUGUAAGAAUAAGAAAAAGUGUGGAAUUAAUAUUUAUUAGAUUAAAUUGCAUAAAAAGAACAUACAGUUGAUUAGAAAUUAAAGAGCCAUUUAGAAUAAAUUUUUAUUUUAGAAGAUAAAAUAAAUAAAUUAGAGAAUGAAGUAAAACUUAAAUUUUAAAGUAGUUAGAAAUUAAGGAAAAUCUGUAAAUUUCUCUAAUAAACUAAAAUAAACAUUUAAAAGAGUGCAAUUCAAAAUUAGAAGAAGUUUAAAUUACUUAAAAUAGAUAAUUACUUAAAUUACAAAUAGAGAUGGAAUAAUUAUAAUCUAAUAGUUGUAAGGAGAAAAAUUAGUUUUUAGAGAAAAUUAAUGUAAUUUAUGAAACAAAUUAUAUAGAUAACUCAUUAAGAAUUAUAAGAGUUGUAAUAGUAGAGUUCAGCAUUUAAAAUCCAAAAUUAAUUAUUAAAUAAUCAAAAUAAGAUAUUCACUAAUACAAUCAGCGAGUUGAUGAUAAAAAAAGCAGAGUUAGAAUAGCUUAUCUAAUCAUAAAAAUAAGAAUCAAUUGGUAAUGGAAAAACAGGAGCAUUUUCUUCGAUUGAUGAAUAAGGAGAAAAUCAUCAUAUUCGAGAAGAUAUAAACACAACUGCAUUUGAUAUUAACGAAGAAACAAGGGAUAUAAAAUAAGAAUUGGCGUCUUUUUAAUUUGAUGAAAACAACAUUAAUUUUAAUCAUUUAAAAAAAAGUUGUUCUAAUUAUUCUUUUCAUUCAGAAAAAAAAGAUCAUGUUGAUUUAGAAAUUCAUCUAAAAUAUUCAAUAAAAAUAAUAAAACAAUUAAAUGCAUAAGUGCAAUUACUUAACUAAUAAAUAAAAGUGUUAAAAAGAUAUUAUAUUAAUGAAAAGAAUUCAAAAGAAUAUUUAAACAUUAUGGAGUAAAACUACUCAAAUUCAGUUAAGACAUUAUAAGAGUAAAUUAAGACUCUAGAAGAGAAAUUGGGAAUACAAAAUUAAGAAAUAAUAUAUUUAAAAUAAAAAUUAAAGUAAUAUACUCAAAAGCUCAUAAAAUACAACAAAAGAUAGAUAAAUAACCCAAAUAAAUGA